ACGCCCACGCGGCCACUCCUAUUGGGUAGCUCCGCGGAAGUGAGGAUAGCUGCUUGCUAACAACAACAACACUGGACUUUUGCUGAUGUUCUGCUGCUUUCCUGAGGGUUGAAAGUCACUCAUGGCGGCACCGGCUCCACUCAGGUCCAUCCAGCACUACUUACGGACCGCGCAGGAACAUGAGAAACGAGAUCCGGUCGUGGCUUAUUACUGUCGGCUGUACGCCAUGCAGACGGGAAUGAAGCUGGACAGUAAAACGCCAGAGUGCCGAAAGUUCUUAGUCAAACUCAUGGAUCAGCUGGAGACGAUGAAGAAAGAGUUCAGCGAUAACGAGUCCAUCACUCAAGAGGUCGUCGGGAACGCCCACAUCGAGAACUACGCCUUAAAGCUGUUCCUGUACGCCGACAACGAGGACCGAUCGGAACGCUUCCACAAGAAUAUGAUCAAGUCCUUCUUCACAUCCAGCCUGCUUCUUGAUGUCUUGUCUGUAUUUGGGGAGCUUUCAGAGGAGAAUGUCCAGCACAGGAAAUAUGCCCGCUGGAAGGCCACCUACAUCCACAACUGUCUGAAGAAUGGGGAGACACCUCAGCCCGGGCCCAUUGGCAUGGACGAAGACGAGGAAGCAGAGUUCGGCGCUGAAGGUUUCUCCAGCCAGGGCUUCUCUCAGGGGGGCUCCAUCCGGGGAACCCCCCCCUCGCAGCCCUUCGAUGGGUCCGAUCAAGGACCCCCUCCGGGGAUCGGCUUCGAUUCGAAUCCGGGGUCGGUUCCGUCAGGUCCCCCAAGCACAAACUUCAACAACAUCCAGAUUCCACCAGGAGCCCACGCACCAGCUAACACCCCAGCAGAGCUGCCUCCCCCUGCAGAAGCUGCUAAGCCCAUGCCUGCUCCUCGAUCCGUGCCCACCGUCGACCCCACACUGCUCAACGCCCAGCAGCAGCCGGGCGGCCUCCAGCUCUCCCCUGAAGACUUCACCAAAGCCCAGAAGUACUGCAAGUACGCGGGCAGCGCGCUGCAGUACGAGGACGUCAACACGGCCGUCCAGAACCUCCAGAAAGCCCUGAAACUGCUCACCACCGGAAAAGAAUGAAGUCUUUGUCCUCCAUCUGACUCCGCCUCCUUUCUUACUUUUCUUUAGUCCUCCCGUUUUCUGUCUGUCACUGAUCCGGCCCUCGGCGAGUCCGGACGCCGCACACACAGCGGCCGCUCGCGUCACUCCAGGAUAGGAUGGAAAUCAGCAGCAACAAUGGCCGCCUGUGUCUGACGGACGGCUCUGAUUGGCCGGAUGACUGACGGACACGGACUGUGACCGCCAUCAAAGCCUCGCCGUUGACCUCCGGCACGUCCUAACCGAGGGACUUCCUCACGAUCAAUGCAUCCCAGAAUAUCAGCUGAUCGGCUGUCCGUCUCUACGACAACCUCACGUGACUGAACCCAAACAGAUCCAGGGUUUUCCUGGAGAUCUCCUGCUAUACUUUCUUCAUGUUUCUUCAUGAUCUCUAAAUUGAUUCGGAGGAUUUCUCUUUCCGACUGCAGCUUCUCUUGGAGCGCAGAUGCUGAGGAGGAACGCGUGGAGAGCGGUUGAGUUAGCAUAAAUAGUACUGACAUAUCUCUGUUCUGGUUUCCGUUUAGCUCUUCCUAAAGGAACGUCUUAGGAGGUGAUCUGAAGGUUUCUCUCUCAGUUCCUGAGCUAGUCACAGUUUGAAUAAAGUGUUUGAAAUGAA